AUGCGCAGGUAUCGGCUGCCGUACUGGGCAUUCGUGCCGACGUUAGGCGUUUGGCCCGGAGUCGCCGGAACCGGAAGCGGAACUGGAUCAGCAGUCGCCGCCGCCGCCACAAUCCCACCGCCGCCCAGAGGAUCCGUGGCCGUGAACUUGGACAGUGGCCGAGUAACCGUGGUUGACGACGUGGCAGACCGAUCGGAAGUCGGGGACGCGGCCGCCGACCCGAACCGGAAGUGGAGGCCGGCGCAGGUCAAGCCGCUGCACUCGAACACGCCGAGCGUCGGAGGACCGAGUUGGCUGAGGAAGACGGCAGUGGCGGCGGCGUCGUCGGGUCCGGUCGUACAGGCGGAGCAGGUGAAAAACUCCACGGCCGUCGCCACUGAGAGACCGGUCACCAAGAUAUACCUGAAACCGUCGGCCAGGGCGAAGGCCGGCCCCGGCGGCGUGGCCCUUUCGAACCCGAUCAGCACGGCCGUGGUCCGCAGGGGCGACACGGUCAGCAUUGAAUACCUUCCGGACGCCACUGCGGAAGCGGGCGAAGGCGGCGUGGCCAUAUCCCGACCGGAACUAGUCAUCCAUUUUAUCGACUGA